AUGGCACCUAACGUCCACUGCGUACGGCACGCACAAGGCCACCAUAACCUCUCCGUGGCCAACCACCAGAUGCACGAUCCUCUCCUCACACCCUACGGCGAAGAACAAUGCCGCAACCUACGCAAAACCUUUCCGAACAUCGACAAGGUCGAUCUCGUAGUAGCAUCGCCUCUCAAGCGGACAGUGUACACUGCACUACUAUCGUUUGAGUCGGUGCUAAAGGAGAAGAAACUUAAGAUCAUUUGUCUGCCCGAGCUACAAGAGACGAGCGAUCUGCCUUGUGAUACUGGGUCGGCACCAGAUGAGCUGGCAAAGGAAUUUGAAGGCAAGCCGGUCGAUCUGAGCCUGGUCAAUUGGGGCUGGAACAGCAAGCGCAUGAAAUGGGCGCCGAAUGCCCCAGCGAUCGAAAGGAGGGCGAGGGAAGCGAGGCAAUGGCUGAUGGCACGGCCAGAGAAGGAGAUUGUGGUCGUCUCGCAUGGAGGCUACCUCCACUACCUCACCGAAGACUGGUCGGAUAGCGCACGAUUUGCAGGCACCGGAUGGGCCAACACCGAGUUCCGCUCUUACUCCUCCAGCACGUACCAGGCCGACGAAGCUCACUUUACCGAGACCCAAGAGUCGAGACGACGCCGCUUGGGCGAUGAGAAGCCGCUCGAUCACAACGAGGCUACACAGCUCAAGCGCACUUCUACGAACGAGCGCAAGCAGGAGACGAGCGACUACCUGGACAAGGCGGCCAAGACGAACGAUGUACAGGCGAUCCAGGCGAAGGUAUAA